AUGGAUGAAACCGAUCCGACUACAGUAACUUACAAGUCAAGGCUUUUAUCUCCUCGAAGAAUUAACCGACAUCAAAAUUCAACCUUUCGAAAUAGGACAUUGGAAUUUGGAUUGAUGACAUUCCCUCUCACUGGAAUAAUUAUGAUAGCUUCGGGUGUUCCGAGUAGGAAAGUUUUGGAUCAUCUUUCAUCCCUACUAAUGCUAUCAAUAACCAAGUAUUUGGUCGACUACUGCAAACCUAGUAGACAUAAACUGGCGACCAUAGAAGCUUCUACCGGACGCGAAACCAUCCCAGGAUAA